GUAGCAGGGGAAGAGAGAGAGGGCCAAAGAAACAGAGCGGGAGAGCGAGCGAGAGAGACAGAGAGCGGGGCCACUGAUAGAAAACAGAAAUUGGAACGCACCAUCGCCCCCGCCGUCUGUUAGGUUCCGUGUCCGUUCAUGAUUCCACGAUCGGCAGACGGCAGCAAAGUUAAGUUCUCUGUGUAUUGUCAGUGCAAACGCGACCCUCCGACAAGCAGGCAGUCAGGCGACCCAGCGACGGAUCCACAACAUAUCUAAAGUACAUUUCAAUCAAUUAAUCAAUUAGCUAAGCCCAAGCUAAGAGAGUGAGCAUGAAGCACAGCGUAAGCCUGGCCAUCGGCUUCCUGGCACUGCUGGCUGCCACCUGCUGCACAGCUCUGCCCAUGGCCAACGAGGAGGAGCUCGUCUCGCUGGACUCCAUGGAGCAGGGUCAGCCAGGCCAAGCACGGCCACAGGAAUUGCCGCACAUCUUGAAAAUAGCCCCGAAACAACAGACGAACGAGGAGCCGGAGCCAAUCAAGAGCAACGUCUACGAUACCAUCGUCGAGCAGCUGCGCGCAGCGGGCGUCCACACGUCCGAGCAGAAGCCCUUGAAUACGCUUAGCUACAAGGAGCUGACACGCCUACUCGCCCUGUGGCACAUGGCCCAGGGACGCAACUACUACGAGGCCGGCAACAAUCGUGCCCAGCGUGAGACAGCCACAGCCCAGCCGAUUCCCAGCUAAAGGAAAGCGUGAGGGAGGGCACAGGCUAAGCUUCUGCCGGGAUCAGUUAUAUAAUUUUUUUUUUAAAUCUUUGUUUACUAUUACUAAGCUGUUUUUUUCAUAAUCGAAUGUAAAACGCGCUGCACUAAAUAAAAAGAAGA